CUUUACUAAAGCAACCAUUUGCCAAAGCAAAUCAAAACAAUGGCCGAAACUUAGUUCGAUCCCCACUGGCGUACGUUUGCCGCACACUGGCGCACGCUAUUUACGCGACGCGACGCGCCUAUGUACGCAGCGCAGCUGGUACGUACCUACAAUUACACUCAUUGCAUGUAGUAGCAUGGGCUCGAGGGCAACGCGAAAGUAACAUACAUACCAUUUCAAUGCGCACCGCGAACCAUAUUGCUGCGAACGGGGCGAGCGAGCGAGGCGAAACCAGUCCCAGUCAGUGGUCGUGGGCCGUAGCGUACCGACAGUGUUGUUUGCUGGCCGCAGCAGUAACGAACAUCUGACAGUAGCGGUGGAGACGCACCGUACAGCACACCGAACAACAGCAACGGUACGAGAACAUCUUGCAAUAAAUAUUUGCCCAACCGAGUUCGCCUUGUGUGACUCUACGCGCGCGCGUGUGUGUGUGUGUGUGUUUUCCGUGUUGUUGUUAGUUUGGAACGGUUAGCAACGGCCGGAGCAGAGCAUCCUUCUUCUAACUUCGAUUCUGUUGCCUUCUCCGCAUUGUUUGUUCUCAGCGUGUUUACCCAGCGCAUCCGUGGUUGUUGUUGUUUUGUUGCCAGAAAAAGAAAGGCCAGGUGGAUGUGUGCGUGUUUAAAACCUCUGGUACAGUUCCCAGGAACGUGAAGAUCCUGCCGCGCGGAACCCACUACUAGACAAAGCCUCUACGCUUCAAGGUUUAUAGCAUCGAGUGAUCGGUCGAAGUUGCAUCACCGUUUGUUGUUCUCAAGAUUGCUCCCCGUUGUUGUGUAUAUUGCAUCCAGCCUACUAAGAACCGAUAGGAUCUGUAGCGUGUGAUUGUGCCUCAGUGCGUUGUGAACGACCCAGAAAUUAUACGGUGUAGUGGAAAAAAUAAAGAGUUCGCAAGCCUCCGUUAUGCUACCAAGCGUCCAGUUAUAGUGUUGCAUAAAUUCGGGGCAAAGAAUGUACCAAGACAGCACUGCUGCUGCUGUUGCUUUUGCCGUGAGUGUACACAGAACCGGUCAAGUGAAAGCAAAAGCGUCGUGCUGAAUGUGCGUACCCCGUAGUGGGUCAACACCGUCAAUUCGAGUCCUUUCUAAACGAAGAAUCACUGCAGCUAGCGCUCGAAGGAGAGAGUGUACUUCAAAAGUUGGGGUUGUUUCGUGUGUGUGUGUGUAUUGCAUUGAUGCACCAUGCAUCGCGGUUGUGUGUUGGACAUGGUUGGAAUUGAAAAGAUGAUGGGUUGACGACUGUGUCUCUACGACGGACAGCCUUUAUACGUAUACUCCAACCGAUACCGAUACCCGUUCGGCUUCCCGAUCGAAUGUCGGUUGUGCUAAUUCAAUCCCUCCUACACUAGGCGCCAGUGCUGCUCCGGCUACUGUCCUCUCUUCACGUCGGGCUCGUUCCUCAUCGGCCAGAUCAUGCCUACGAUCAUAUCCAAGUUCGCCAAACGAUCGUUCGACACGCUCGAGGGUCUCGGCUACUCGAGAGAAUUCGUGUCCAAGGGUCUGAUAACAGGUGCAGUCGCACUGUACUGUCUGCGCCUUACCUAUCCCGUGGUGCGUGACAAACUAGCCAACGGCAGGGGUACCGAAACGGACGCCGGUACCGAGGCCGCCCACCAUCGCAAUGAGAACAAUAACCUCACCAAACAGCCGCCGGAUGAUCCGGAGGCGAAGAAGGAACAGAUCAUCAUCGCCAAGCGGAACCGCAAACAGCAGGCCGGCCGCCAGCCCGGACUCAAUCUGGACUUUCUGCUGCAGCUGCGGCAGCUGAUGGGUAUCAUGGUGCCCCGGCUAAUAUGCGAAGAGUCCGGCCUGCUGGCCGUCCACACGCUCUGCCUGGUGUCGCGUACGUUUCUCAGCAUCUACGUCGCGUCGAUGGAGGGUGCGAUCGUGAAGUUCAUCGUGCGGAAGGACAUGCGUAACUUUGUGCUGAUGCUGCUGAAAUGGUUCGGCAUCGCUAUACCGGCCACCUUCAUCAACUCGAUGAUACGCUACCUGGAGAACAAGCUCGCUCUCGCCUUCCGCACACGGCUAGUGAACCAUGCGUACGGCAUGUACUUCAAGAACGAAACCUACUACAAAGUGUCGAACCUGGACGGACGAAUCGAAAACGCGGACCACCGCCUUACGGACGACAUCUCGACGUUCUCCAGCUCGGUGGCGCAUCUGUACAGCUCGCUCACCAAGCCUUGCUUCGAUUUGCUGCUAAUCGGCAUAGCAAUGGCCCGUUCGUCCCGCCGCAUGAAGGCAAACAUUGUGAUGGGCCCGGCGCUGGCCACGGUCGUCAUCGGCACGACAGCCCACAUCCUGCGGAUAGUGUCGCCCAAGUUUGGCCAGCUCGUCGCAGAGGAAGCCAACCGGACCGGCUAUCUGCGGCACGUACAUUCGAAGAUUAUUACCAACGCGGAGGAGAUUGCGUUCUACGGUGGUCAUAAGGUGGAACACUCACAGCUCCAGGAAGCGUACUCUCGGCUAGUGAACCAGAUGAACACGAUAUUCACGCAGAAGCUGUGGUUCAUUAUGUUGGAGCAGUUCUUCAUGAAGUACGUGUGGUCCGGUACGGGCAUGGUGAUGGUCUCGCUCCCGAUAUUGACCGUUGGUGCAGCGGCCGCGCCGGUCAGUCCCGAGCACAGCAAUCUUAUCAAAUCGGACGAACAGGGCGUGAGUGAACGGACCCAGUACUUCACCACGGCCCGCAACUUGCUGCUAAGUGGGGCGGACGCAAUCGAACGGCUGAUGUCCUCGUACAAGGAGAUCGUUGCGCUGGCCGGCUACACGAGCCGUGUGGCCGGUAUGUUUGAGGUGUUCGAUGAGGUGAACCGUGGCAUCUAUCGCAAAACGACGCUCUACACCGAGGAGCGCAACCUGAACGGUAUACUGGAGUUCCGCAACGGGCAGCCGGUCGCCAAGGGCCAGAUCGUGUUCUCGGUCGAUGCCAAAGAUAGCAGCAUCUCGCUCGAGAACGUACCGGUGGUGACGCCCAACUGUGACAUCGUGGUGCCAAGCAUUAGCCUCACGAUCGAGGCCGGUAUGCAUCUGCUGAUAACCGGUCCGAACGGCUGCGGCAAGUCGAGCCUGUUCCGCAUCCUGAGCGGACUGUGGCCCAUCUACGGUGGAACGUUGCGCAUCCCGAAGUCGUUCGGUGGACGGCCCAGCAUGUUCUACAUUCCCCAGCGCCCGUACAUGUCGUGCGGCACGCUGCUGGAUCAGGUGAUCUAUCCGGACACGCGCAAGGACAUGGAGGCGAAGAAGAUCAGCGAGGCACAGCUGCGCGAAAUUAUGCGCAUGGUUUCGCUGGAGCACAUUCUCGAUCGCGAUAGCUUCGAUGAGAUACGGGACUGGAAGGAUACGCUCUCUGGUGGUGAGAAGCAGCGGAUGGCGAUUGCGCGACUAUUCUAUCAUAGGCCCAAAUACGCCCUGCUAGACGAAUGCACGAGUGCCGUAUCGAUCGAUGUUGAGAGCUGUAUCUACGAAACGGCCAAAUCGAUGGACAUCACCCUCCUAACCAUCACCCAUCGUCCGACAUUGUGGAAAUUCCACACGCACAUCCUGCAGUUCGACGGCCAGGGUGGAUGGGUGUUUGAGAAGCUAGCGGAAGGUGCCCAGCAAAAUGUUCCUACGGUGAAAGCCAACAAUUCUACGCCCAGCAGCACCAGCAGCAGCUAGGUGGCCGUCUGUCGGUUAUAUUGUACAGCGCGAUCGGGAGGCGGCAAUCGAGCCGCUACACAUUCGUCGAUUAAACGGCGAACGAUGAGAUUAGUUGAAAGUAUUUGCAGUGAAUAUUCGUUUCCAUUUUCGGUCGGCUGUAAGAUGAAUUACAAAACAAGCAUUAUGCCAAAAAUGAGUUUAAAAAAAAUUAAACCACACACACACACACACGUACAGACACAGUGGAUGGUUAGUGGUAAGUGAACUUGCUUCAAGUUCUCCUGGUGUAUCGCAGCGUUAGGCAGCGGGCACCCAGUUUUAAGGGUAGGUUGGGUUGCAGCUUCCGGCUACCGGAAGCCGUCGGCAGGUUGUAAACGAUACGUUGUUUGUGAAUAUGUUCGUUUUAAAAGUUACGCUCUUCUUCUUUUUUAUUACUGUUCGUACUUAGUGCAAUCAUAAAUAAAGUUAACCGAAUGGAGUAGUAAGAAAUUUUAA